AUGCCUGCAUCGCCGCAACAAACUCGCGUCGGAUGGGUCGGCACCGGCGUCAUGGGGUGCGCCAUGGCUAGUCAUUUGAUGACUGCCGGAUACCCCUUAACAGUAUACAACCGAACCGCAUCCAAAGCUCAACCGUUAGUCGACGCUGGCGCGCGCCUCGUUUCCUGUCCACUUGAAGUAGCGCAAGCCUCCGAUAUUGUCUUCACUAUGGUCGGCUAUCCUUCCGAUGUCCGUGAAGUCAUCGGCGGAGGAACUGGCGUCCUAGCUGGGUUGAAGGAGGGCGGAAUCGUUGUUGAUCUCACAACUUCGGAGCCCGGUCUCGCUGCAGAGCUCGCAGCUCUGGCCAUGAAUCAAGACAAGUUUGUCAUCGAUGCCCCAGUCACCGGAGGUGACGUCGGCGCUAAAAAGGGAACUCUCAGUAUCAUGGUUGGAGGUAAUGACCAUGCUAUCAAAGAAGUCAUGCCUUUGCUCGAGUGUUUCGCGUCCACCGUCAACGUCUUUGGCGGUCCUGGAGCAGGGCAACAUUGUAAGAUGGCCAAUCAGAUUGGCAUCGCCACAAGCAUGUUGGGCAUGUGCGAGGGCCUUAUGUACGCUCAUGUCGCCGGUCUCGACUUAGAGACAUAUCUCGCUGCUAUUGCCGGCGGCGGGGCUGGCUCCUUUUCUGUUCAAAGUUACGCACCAAGGAUCCUCAAGGGAGACAUGCAACCUGGCUUUUACGUCGAGCAUUUCGUGAAGGAUCUUGGUAUCGCCCUUGAGGCUUGCAAGCAACUGAAGAUAUCCCUUCCCGGCCUGGCACUCGCACAGCAAUUGUAUGUAUCCCUCAUGGCCUGUGGGGAUGGACGAUUAGGCACUCAGGCUCUCGUCCGAACCCUUGAGAGACUCAACGGUAAGGAAUUACCCAAGAAGGAGGCGUUUUCGGCGUGGUAACAGUGCUCGCAUAAUGUCAAGCAAGUCAAACAUUUGCAAUUGCGUGCAGUUUGAAGACUAGCGGCAAGACUGAGGAAAUACGUACGCCUUGCCGAGUGGUGGUCUAGUACAUUUGUACGAUUUAAUUCGCAGCUUUUGGUAAAGACAUAGAUCCUUGAAGCACCAAGUCAACACAAACGCCCCAGUGGUCGCUUAUGAACUUUCCACAUGACGGAAGGCGGUCCUUGCCGACCAAUUUAAGGCUUGGUACCUGAACAUCAGACGUCUUCGGCCACAGCAAGAAGACUCUAUCAUACCUCGACUUUGGUUUGAAAUCGCCUUCAAAUUGGAGAUUGUCAUUUCGGGCCGUAUCCCACGUAAAUUUUUCAUUGGGGUCAGCACCCGCGGCAA